GGUCAUGCCUAAUCUGUGUGCACCUGUGCUAUUGGGGCUGGACUUCCAGAGCCAUCUCGAAAGUGUGACUAUGGUAUACGACGGGCCCCUCCCACCACUCACUGUCAAGAAUCCUCAGUUUUGUGGGACUUCUUCACAUACCCCGCUACUGACCACACACACACACGGACACACACAUCCCAUCCAGAACCAAGCCAACAGCUGCGCUACCGACACUUGCAGCCUCUCCACUCUCAAGAUCCCUCCCCCACCGCUGUUCGCCAACCUGACCCCCGACUGUAAACCUGUGGCAACCAAAAGCAGGAGGUACAGCGCGGGGGACCGGGCCUUCAUUCAGUCGGAGGUGCGGCGGCUGCUCAGGGAGGGGAUCAUUGAGCCGAGCACAAGCCCUUGGAGGGCCCAGGUGGUUGUUGUUCGGACUGGGCAGAAAAAUAGGAUGGUGGUGGACUAUAGUCAAACCAUCAAUAGGUUUACGCAGCUUGACGCAUACCCCCUACCCCGCAUCGCGGAUAUGGUCAACCAGAUUGCUCAGUAUAAGGUGUACUCGACAAUAGAUCUGAAAUCCGCUUAUCACCAGCUCCCCAUCUGCCCAGAGGACCGCCCCUACACCGCCUUCGAGGCGGGCGGCCGGCUCUAUCACUUCCUGCGCGUCCCUUUCGGUGUCACGAAUGGUGUCUCUGUCUUCCAGAGGGAAAUGGACCGGAUGGUGGACCAGUACCAACUGCAGGCCACAUUUCCCUAUCUGGAUAACAUCACCAUCUGUGGUCAUGACAGGCCAGAUCACGACGCCAACCUCCAACGGUUUCUCCAAGUGGCCGCAGCUCUGAACCUUACUUAUAACAGGGACAAGUGUGUUUUUGGCCCUCAGACGGUGCCUGGGGUUUUUUCCUAUUACGCCCAAUGGGUCCCCCAUUACGCAGACAAGGCUCGCCCCCUGGUCAAGUCUACCUCGUUUCCCCUCUCUGCUGAGGCCUGCGCGGCCUUCAACUGCAUUAAAGCGGACAUUGCCAAAGCUACGAUGCAUGCAGUGGACGAGACCGCUCCCUUCCAAGUGGAGUGUGAUGCCUCCGAUUUUGCUCUGGCUGCUACCCUUAAUCAGGAAGGCAGACCAGUAGCAUUCUUUUCUCGCACCCUCCAAGGCUCUGAAAUUCGGCACUCCGCGGUGGAGAAAGAAGCCCAGGCCAUAGUGGAGGCUGUUAGGCACUGGAGGCACUAUCUUGCUGGCAAAAGAUUCACUGUGCUGACCGACCAGCGCUCGGUUGCGUUCCUGUUCAGCAACCAACAGCGGGGCAAGAUCAAAAAUGAUAAGAUUUUGCGGUGGAGGAUAGAACUCUCCACCUACACCUAUGAUAUCCUGUACCGGCCUGGCAGACUCAAUGAGCCCCCUGAUGCCCUAUCCCGGGGAACAUGUGCUAGCACACAGCUCGACCAGCUGUACGCCCUUCAUGCACAACUUUGCCAUCCGGGGGUCACCCGAUUUUACCAUUUUGUGAAAGCUCGGAACCUGCCGUACUCCCUGGAGGACAUCAGGACGAUGACCAGGGACUGCCAAAUUUGUGCCGAGUGCAAACCGCACUUCUACUGUCCUGACACGGCACAACUUGUCAAGGCCACCCGCCCUUUUGAACGCCUGAUUGUUGACUUCAAGGGCCCCCUUCCCUCCACUGACCGCAAUGUCUAUUUUCUCAGUGUUAUUGACGAGUUCUCACGGUUCCCCUUUGCCAUCCCCUGCCCCGACACCACUGCCACGUCCGUCAUAAAAGCCCUGCGCCAGCUCUUCACUCUGUUCGGGUAUCCCUGCUAUAUCCACAGUGAUAGAGGGUCCUCCUUUAUGAGUGAGGAGCUGCGCCAGUACUUGCUAGCUAGGGGCAUUGCUACCAGUCGGACCACGAGUUAUAAUCCCCGGGGUAAUGGCCAGGUAGAGCGGGAGAAUGCCACAGUGUGGAAGGCCACACUUUUAGCCCUUAAGUCCAAAGGGUUGCCGGUCUCUCGAUGGCAGGAGGUCCUCCCUGAGGCACUGCACUCUAUCCGCUCUCUGUUAUGUACGUCCACCAAUGCCACCCCUCACGAACGCCUAUUCUCUUUUCCCAGGAAGUCUGUCACUGGGACCACCCUACCAGUUUGGCUGACGUCCCCGGGGCCAGUGCUGCUCCGGAAACAUGUGAGGAGCAAUAAAUACUCCCCGCUGGUGGAGAGGGUUCACCUUCUACAUGCGAACCCCCAGUAUGCUUACGUGGUCUUACCUGAUGGGCGGGAGGACACGGUCUCCAUCCGCGACCUGGCACCCGCAGGUGCAGCAGACCACUACCCUGAAGGCUCUCCGGUAACUGUGAACCCUGCACCAGAGGUGACACCGUACUCACCAGGCCCUACACAGACUCCUCACGACACUUGUAUACCGGGCGUUUCGUACGCAUUUAUACCAGGCGCCUCGCACAUGCAUGAGGGAUCACCGGCGCCUAGUGGGCAAGAACACGCGCAACCCCCGUCCCCUGUGCAAUCGCCAAUGUUGCCGGCACCUAUGCGGUCACAGCCGGUGCUACGUAGAUCGCAGCGACAGAUUCGACCGCCUGAUCGGCUUGACUUGUAAGAACCUUCGCUACAUGAGGACUUUUUCAAACGAAGGGGGGGUGAAUGUGGUGAACUAUGUGCCUGUCGGGACACGCCCCUGCUGACUGCUCCUGUGGCUCCUCCCACAGGCCCCUGUAUAAAGGAGACCUGCGGCCUGAAGAUCGGCCUCAGUCUCCAGGACCUUGUAUGAUAGACACUCACUCCUGGUUCCUUCUUCCAGUCAAUAAAAGCCGAUAUCUCGCCUACGU